AUGACCACAGCUUUCAACAGAGCCGGGACACAGCUAAUCUUAGUGGAAAUGGAGGACCAGAGAUUAAAAGACAUGAGGCCAGCUGAGGAACUGAUGGAAGUCAAAGUGGAUGGACAAUCUGAAGAUCUGAAUUCCACCCACAGCGGCAAAGGGCCUCUGAUUCACGACAGGGAUCCCAAAGGAAUCAACAAGAGUCUUAAGGUCACGUUUGAGGAUGUGAUUGCAGAGCCUCCCUCGGUGCGGAGCUUUGAUAAAGUGUGGUUGUGGAGUCACGCCCUGUUUGAGGUGUCCAGACUGUGGAUCUACCGCCUCAUCUCCCUCCUUCUGGCAGUGCCGGUCUCACUGGCAGCAGGGAUCCUCUUCGCUUUGCUCAGCUGCCUUCACAUCUGGUUAAUCAUGCCCUGUGUGCAGCUCCUUCUCAUCAACAUGAACUGGGUUCAGACUGUGUGGGGCAGCAUGCUGAACAUCCUCAUCAGCCCCUUAUUUACCAGUAUUGGAAAGAGCUGUGGUCGAAUCACCAUUCAUCUGGCCGAAGACCGAUAGAAAAACACACUGUGUAUGAGUAAAUGUUUGGUUAAAACAGAGAAAAAGCAAGUGCUAACAAAUUGCAUACUAAUUCCAGAUAAAUUAUAAAUCAUAAUUGAAUUAUAAUUGCCUAAUUAUUUUGCAUUAUUUCUCACCUGGCAUGAUAUCUGGCAUGCUGUCAUAUACAGCUCUGGAAAAAAUUAAGAGACCACUUCAAAAUGAUCAG